GAGAGGUGGGGAGAGAAGGUCGAUCGGCACCAGAGCAAAAGAGAGACAGAAAGAGCAAGUGUCGCUCCUUUACCAGCCGAGCACCGCGUUAACUUCUACGAACGAAAUUUGAACCUCAUUUUCAAGUUCAGUCGACUGAAGUUUGGGGUUUUAAUAUAUAUCGAUGAACACAACGAUGCAUUAAGUUUAUUAAAAGCGUUGCUUUAGUAACUGUCAGGGCGGAUUUAAUGUCAAAAUAGUGAGAAAAACUUACGGAACUUUUAAAGUCAGUGAAAGAUUAGUAAUAUAAGACAAAGGUAUAAUCGGAACGAAGCCAUUUCUGAGUGGAGGAUGAAAUAACGUGGAACAGAAAAGAAUAACAAAAAAGAUGAGGAUAUUAUAGAAUAUAAUAGAAUCCUUGCUUAUGCAGCUUCAAAAUGGAGAAUAAGUCCUUUAGUAUCUCCGAAGAGAAUUCGUCCGGCAAAGAAAACGGAACCGCGGCUAAAGAAAACGGGAGGACCACUUACCCUUCUGCGUUGACUCCUGCGGAGGUUGAUGGCGGUGACGUCUGCAAAACAAGACUCGAAUUCCACGAGAAGGAAAAUGUUCCAGCUGCUGACAACGACACCAACUACAUGUGUGGGGCAUUUGGCAGAUACCCCAAGUGGAUGCAGAGAUUCGCAAGUCCACGCUGGUUCCUCGUUGCUUACUGCAUCCAGAACAUCAUUGCCGGAGCGGAGAGCACUUUCCUUAUAGGAUGCACAUCCUCCAUCGAGAAGCACUUCCAGUUUUCCAGUGGGGACAUGGGUCUCAUCAUCCUGCUCAGUGAGAUUGGUCCCAUCAUCACAACAAUGCUACUCAGUUACUUUGGAGGACGAGGUAACCGACCCCGGUGGUUGGCUAUAGGACUAGCAAUCGGUGGCUUGGGCGUGCUGAUAAUAUUCUCUACCUUUCUCAUUUAUCCGGCGCCCGUUCUUUCUGAAUCUGGGCUUCUAGACAACAGCAAGAAAUUCUGCGACAUCCAGGACAUCAUCAAUUUCCAGUUCCUGAACGCGACGACCACUGCGUCUAGCCUAAGCCUAGACGCAUACUCGGUCGAGAGUCAGUCGCCAUCUUGCCAGGGUUCCAAUAAUCUGGCUUUCAUCCUCUGGUUGAUGGGGUUCACGUGUAAAGCUCUUUCGGGUACCAUCCUAUACAUAGUGGGCGCUCCAUACUUAGAUGACAGCGUCUCCAAAAACGCCGCCCCUAUUUAUUUUGCAAUCAGCACCUCAGUUCGCGUCCUGGGUCCAACAAUCGGUUUCGCUCUCUCGGCAUUUGCGCUAAACAUCUACGUCUACCCGGGGCAGCAUUACGGUAUUUCACCACACGACCCGCGCUGGAUUGGCGCCUGGUGGACUGGGCCCCUAGCUUUUUCCACGCUGAUGUUAGCCUACGCUUUCACCCUCUCGCUUUUCCCGAGGAAAAUUAAACGAUCAGAAACGGCAGAAGAAGACCUAGAGGGACGACGCCCAGCCAAGGAAGACGGAAUCUCCAGCAGACAACUAACGGGAGAAGACCUCGUGAAGACCUCUGUUGUGCCAACCAACGAGGACCCUCCUUACAAGAUACAUAAUGGAACCAACGGGCACUUGCCUCAAGGGCAUCAUCAGACUGGAUACAGCGCCGGCAGGAGCUGGGAUGAAGUACAUAACGAUCUCGUCAGGCAGUUUGAAGCUGGAUACGGGAACUCUGCAAAGACUCAGAGGGUUAAGGGGCAUUCUGGGAAUGGGGAUUCCGACGGGGUGGGCAGUCAAGAGGUCCUUCAGGAGAAAACUCUGAAGAAGAAUACCCUGGAGACCUUUGUGCCACAGAGUCAGAUUAACACUGCUAAAGACUUUUUAGAAGCCGUGAAACGCCUCUCGAGGAACCCAGUCUUGCUGUUUCUUUCCCUGAGCGACUUGUUUGCGCUGAUCGCCGAACUCGGCCUGUUCAUGUGGCUCGCCAAGUACCAGGAACACCAGUUCAGGAUUACCAAGUCUUCGUCUACGUUCUUCUCUGGUAUAUCAAGCACGACGUCUCUCCUGCUGGGGGUGGCUGGAGGAGGCGUCUGGAUACGUCGUUUCCGCCCGAAGGGCAAGACCGUAGCCUACCUCAUGGCGGUGGGCGCCUUCAUUUACACGCUGACUCUCGUGGGCGUGAUGUUCGUCAGCUGCGACUUUCAGCAGGACCUUCCCGGGAUACUGUCUCCUGACGGGAGAAGCGUGGAACUCUACCGAGGAUGCAGCAGCGGUUGUGACUGCGACCUGAAGGAGUUUAUCCCCGUCUGCGUCAGGGACGGGCCGAUUAACCUCACCUACUUCUCGCCCUGUCACGCAGGGUGCCCGGAAACCAGGCCCCCACCACCUCCUGAAGGGGACACGAAUUUAUUAGAAGGAGCCGCUGACGGUUUCCACCGCGAAGUGUUUUUUAACUGCACAUGUGGGAGUCCAUCGGCUAAAGUGACCUCUGGGUACUGUCAGGACACCUGCUCGGAAUUCAUCGUCUAUAAUGUCAUUAUGGUCAUCGUGAGGUCCUUCAUAUCUGUGGGGAUCAUUGGUGGGACUCUCAUCGGUAUGAGGUGCGUUUCCGUCGAAGACAAACCUCUGGCCAUCGGCGUGAAGACUUCGAUGGUUUCUGCCGCCCUGAUCGUGAACCCUCUGAUCUACGGGAGCCUCAUCGACUCAUCCUGCCUCGUCUGGGAGGAGACUUGCCAGAACGGGAGAGGCUCUUGCUGGCUCUACAACACAGAUGACUUCAGGUACAAACUGCACGGCGUGUCCGCCUUCUUCAUAGCCCUCUGCUCCGUCUUCUGCUUCAUCGUGGCCAGGAAGAUCGGCGACCUGCAGCUGCUAGACGAGAACCCUCCGUGUUCCACGCAGUCUUCCCCGGCCUCCUCUUUCCUCUUCUCCAGCGGCCCAGGGGCUGGACGGAAGUCGAGUCUCAGGAGGAGCCUGAAGAAGAUCUCCCGUCUCGUGGGACGGGAGAAUGGAGGCUCUAGGUCCCCUGGGAGGAAGAAGGAAGAGAAAGAGGGGCGAGGGUCCCAAAGGGGAAUGGGUGAUGGGGAUAAACAGGCGAAGAGAGAAAAUGACGUAGAGAGAAGUCAUGGAGGUGAUGGGUCAAACCUGCAGCCGUCAUCGCCUGUGUUUGCCGCUGGGAAUAUGCUUCCCUCCAGAAUAGUGAAAACAACGGGUGUUUGAGCAACUGGUGGUUGAACAAUAUGUUGUUUUGCGUUGUUGGGACUUAAGUGAAAAAAUAAACGAAACAGUUAUUAAUCCUAUGGAUGGAAACUAAAGAUUUUUGCCAGUCUUGAAAACCCGGUGAUUUUCCAGAAGUAAAUUUGAAAAAGAAGUAAAAUGAGCAUCAGAUGGCGUAUCUUAGCCAAUGUUCCCAUGUGUAAAUUUUUCAACAAUUUAAUAAUUCGGCCAAAUAUUUCUUCAGUUCCUUCAGGUAACAUGUCAAGGAACUAAAACAUAACCGUCCUAUUUAAUAAUGAAAUUUUUAAGAAAUCACACGUGUCUCAUAAACGACAGAUGACAGAAGUGUUUUUAUUAUAUUUUUAUGAAUGAAGAAUUUGAUUUCUUUAUAAUUCUUGUAUAUAAGUUGUGAAUAAAAAGUCUUCAGUUUCUCUCCGCUCUCUCAUGAUUUGCGUAAUACAGUUACGUACCCAGAAGAACUCUUGAAUAUGUGUGAGUGCGUGUGUGUCAUAGGAGAACUUACUCGUAGGUAAUAUAGUGACUUACAUGUGUGCAAUAGUGUGCUGUUUUAUAUAUACGUACCUAUAUAUAAAACAAGUCAAAGUGCAAAGAAUAUGAAAAGUACAUUUUAUAUUAUUUUCUAUAUGAUUUAUUAUCUAGGAUAAGUGUUCUAUUAUGCGAGAAUCUGACCUAUGUAUGCAAUAUACCAAGUUUAUAAUAUAUUUGUAGUGAAUUCA